AACGCUAGCUUGAUUUCAGCAAUGAAUUAUAGUCAACAUUUGAACGUUAGCAAUGGAACUGCUAGUUUUAGAGACAACAUGGACUUAUUCGAACCACCGGACCUUCCGGAACAAUUACGAUAUGCAGCCUACGUUCUGAAUGAGUACAGCAUCCCCGUGCUUUUCUCGGUGGGAGUGUGUUUGAACAUAAUAAUAAUCAUCAGCUUUCUGUCCACAGAGUUAAGCAGAGUGUCACCUUGCCUGUACUUUGUAGCUCUAGCAUUUGUUGAUAUCACCUAUCUGCUGCAAAUGAUGGUCCCCUGGGCCUCAAGUAGAGUCUAUAACAUAUACGCUGUGGCGGGAAUUUGUCAGCUGACCUACUACUUCCAUUAUCUGAGUACCUUUAUGGAGUGGUGGCUGAUGGUAUUGAUGAUGAUAGAAAGGUCUUUGGUACUUUUGAACCGUAAAAAAGCAAAGGUGUUAUGCAGUCCAUUUCGCACAAAGUGUAUCAUUAUUUCUAUGUGCGUCUUUUCCGUUGUGUCUCAUUUGUAUUUAACGUGGACGAGUGCCGUGAUAAAAAUUCGAAAUGUCGAUAACUGCAUAAUCAUUCCAGAAAACCUGAAGAAUAUAUUUUUGCUGAGAAAAAUUGAUGUUUUCUUUUCAUUUAUCGUUCCCUCCCUGUGUCUGUAUGUUCUGUUGACGACAUGCAUUAUCAAGCUCUGUGACAAUCGAAGAAAUGGAGACAGACGCCCGUCACCAUGUCAUAGUAGUCGACGAUCUAACUGUAGUCGACGACCGAGCAAUUUAGACCCUGAAGACAGAAGGAUGAUUUACCUUAAAAAGUUUUAUCCUAAAGUGUUCAUGAGAAGUGAGAGAUUGACAGUCACUUGUUGUAUUUUGUCAGCCAUUUUCCUCAUCUUAUGUGUGCCUUUUGACUCACUGAGGACGCGACUGACCUUUGAGGUACAGCCUGACUAUUUAGACCAGAAAUGGUUAGAAUUCCUCAGUGUCUUUUCGGCCUUUAAUUACACCUAUAAAGCCUUUCUGUAUUUUAUUGCCAUUAAGGAGUUUCGGCAAACUAUUUGGAUUUUGUUGAAAAAGAUAAUUUCACCAUGCAGUAAUACAAAACUUUCUCUUAAAUUUCAACUCAUGUGAAAUACAAUCAAAUCUGGAUUAGCGACAUAGACUAUAUAGCAAGAUAUUCUCAAAGGUCACCUAUUAUUUCCCUGAACGUUGGUAUUUAUGUGAACUAAGCAAUUAAAUACAUAUAUGACUCAACUAGCAACUUUACAUGUAUUUCUUUUAGUCAUUAUUUAGCACAUUAGUCAUCAUCUAGCAUGAUCAUGAAAUAGGUAUAAAUGUAAAAUUAUCCUCGAAUAAAGAUUAAGCCACCUAUUAACACACCUUUUAACGAUUUUUCUUGAUAUAUUGCUAAACAAAGGUUUGACAGAGUGUCGAAUUAUAUAUAUUUUGCA